GAUAACUCGAGCUGACAGAUCGUUUUUGCUUUAAUUUGUAUUUGUUUAUUGUUUUAUUUACUAACUUAUAUCGGUUACAAUUAAAAACCUUACGUACCUGUUUGGACAGUAAUUUAGAUUUCAAUUUCUUAUAUGAUAUAGUUAUUUAUAUCGAAUAUGUAAUAUUCUAUUGCGUCGUUUUGGACUACAUAAAUCAUGGUUUUAUUUAAUAAAAUGACACCGGAGGAUGAUGGAGUGUUUGAUCUUCUCACAGAAUUAUGUCAGAAAACCGCUUCUAAAUAUUGUGCUCAAAAUAGAAUACCUCAAAAGCGGCUUAUGAGCAAGAUGAGGUCUCAAUGUUAUGAGAUAUUACUUAGAAAGACGCCCAUGGCGGUGCCUUGUCUUCAAAGUGUUGAUAGAGACCCAACAGCUGAUAUAUUGUGUUAUAAUUUUGUCUCCCAUCAACAUACAAGAAAUGUAGCCGAAUAUAAAAGAUCUGUUGAGUUGAAGAAGAUUAUUAGUGAUAUCCGUGAUAAGGAUUUUGGAGAGUAUCACAAUUGUGUCUAUAACGUUUUGAGAUUUCUGAUUGGGUUAAGUAAUUCUGUUAAAGAUGAUUUGUCGGUAGAUAUGUAUCAGAAUCCAUUUUCCUUUGGAGUCCUGGAUGAUAUGCUUCCAAAGCCACCUAGGGAGAGUUUUGGUUCUGUGCAACCAUACCCAUACUUCCCUUCACAUGUGUUUGAGCUCCCAUUUUCUUUAAAAAAGCAGGCAUCACUGCUGGACAGCCAUAUAUCUCAAACAUACACUGAAUAUACUGUGGAGAGUUUUGACUCUAAAUCUCUUUUAGAUACCAACUCUCAGAUGCGAGAGCCAUCAGACCUGAAGACAAUUCAAAAUCCCAUGUCACUUGCAUCAAUGACAUCCACCCAUCUGUCACCAUAUUCAGAAAGUAUGUUCAAUUAUCCACAAUUGACGGCACCCAGAGAUUUGCAGAUACCUGUAUCUGAGUCUAAUGAUGUCAGUGAGAAGGUUUCAUCAGAAAGUACAAAUUUGAAAUUGGAUGUGAAGGAAGUAUACAGAGGGAGAGCUGAAGAAGAGGAAGUGGACAUCUGGGAGCUGGCGACGCAGGUUGAUAAGGACAUACCUGAUGAUAUUUGGGAGACUGUUGCAAAAUUACCAGCAGUGAAUGAGCGACAGUUGAUCGCAAGCUCGCCAAGGGAGCUUCGAUUAUGGCGGCGGAUACAUGAAGAUGUGCUGUCUGACCUCACGGUCGUAUCGGAGAAACAGUUUAUAAGGCAUAUUAUGUAUUUAAUUAUUGGAGUAGAGACAAGUUCGUUUCCGUUCAAUCAUGAGACGAAUAGCUUCUACAUGAGAGGUAAUUUAGUUCUCGAGGGCAUAUCCAGGGAGAGAUUGCAAGGCUAUACAUCAGAGUUGUUGCAUAUCGGCACCUAUUACCGGCGACUAUACAGAUUCGCCUUCAACCACACAUUGGACGACCAUUUUCACAGCCACGGAUUGAUUUAUGAGGCGGCGAGGGAAGUAAUAAGACGCUACCUAUUGGAGUUCCGUCUUGCUGCAACCGAGAUAUACGAGGAAUGCACCAGAAACAGGUCCGACGAUUUGAACUGCAUGCCCACACUGCUGCAGAUAUUGUACCACACGGAACCGCUCAAAUGUGAAAUUGAAACUAUUGUGGCCGUUUACAAAAUGAUCGACUCAGAAUCAACAACAUUGCCACGCGGCGCCGAGCUGAUGUCGUACCUGUUCAACGAAAUAUCACUGGUUACACAGAGGAAGACAGCAUUCACGACGUUCAACAUGCUGUUCUCCGUUUGCCAGGUUUAUUUCAAGUUUAUCGAGAGAUUUAUCUUCGAAGGCGAACUAGACGACCGUUACCACGAGUUCUUCAUACGCAGAGACUCCCAAUACGUAAACUGUCGUUCGAAACGCUACUGGGACAAAGGCUUCCACAUAACCCAGAGUAUAGCGAUACCGGACUUCCUCAGAGCCCUCGCCAAGUUCAUACUGCUGUGUGGGAAAUCAUUGCGAUUGUUAAAGCUCUGUAAUCCCAGUGAUCCCUUAGUCCUGUUGAUAUCGUCAGACCACCCGUCAGUUAAAUGCUGCGCGAGCUUUGAGGAUCUGCAGGAGCAGCAGCAGAUCCUCGAUGUGUAUAGAACCAGAUGCCUGUUCGUCAGCGGGGAGCCCGUCACCUUCGACCAGAUCAUACUCAAGAGGGAGGCUGAGAAGAAGGCCUUCACGGAAAUGGCGUCGGUGAAGCAAGCGGAGACCUUGGAAAAGAUUGUUGCUGAACGCAAAAGACUGGGGCAGCUCAUAAUAGCCGAGAAGCAACACUCGCUGCGUGUGCUCGAGGCGGCCAUGGCGGAAGCGGCCGCUCGCCGCCGACAGCACUCGGACCGCAUCGCCAGGCUACAGCGUACCGCUGAUGACCUGACCGACGAUGUCGACUCCAGGAUCCGGGAUGACGAAAGGAAUAAAAUUAUGGAGUACUAUUCAAAGUUAAAUAUGGAAGUGGAAAAAAGUAAAAUACACACAGAAUGGAAAAUACGACGUUUACAGUUGGACCAGAGUAGAAUACAGUUACUGUCAACUGAAGAGAGAAAUUUAAAACGAGAAAAAUUAGAGCUAGAACAUCAGAAGAACGAAGAAAUUAUGGCUAUGUCUAUACAGAGUAUUGAUCACAGAUCUGAUGAUGAACAAGAUGGUGAUGGUGAUAAAAUAGAAAAUACUGCGAUGGAACCAUCAUCGUCUGUCAUCACCGAAUCCGGCGAAAGAUCGGAAAUGGCUCAGUCUGGUAAAAAACAAACGACCAGUGACAUGUUUAGUGUUAUUUGUAAUGCUGCUAAAAGUAUAUUUGGCGUUUCGAAGAGUAACGAAGAAAAGUGUGAUAAUAAAAACAAAUUAGAUGCCCAAGGCAAUAUAGUUGCCACCGAAGUAAAUUCUAACACUAAAGGUACUUCAAGUGAGGUUAUCGGUAGUAAAUUAGACGAGGCAUGCGAUAAUUUGCUAUUUAUGAAAACAAGGCAGGAAGCGUUGUUGAAUAAACAGAAAGUGAUGUCACAUGAAUACGGGACUGAUAAAGAAAAUAAUUUGAUGAAAGACCCUCCACUAAUAAGGAUGCCAGUCGAUGAAGAGAACAAUUUAAAAUCAUUGUCGCCAUUUUCUGAAGCUAAACGGAAUAAAAUGAAAGUUCUCGGAACUGAGUUUAAUUUGGUAAAACCUGAAUGCAAACAAGUUGAACCAGCAACAGAAGCUCAAAAAGAAGCGUUAUUGAAUAAGCAAAGAGUAAUGCGUGUUGAAUAUAAUCUACCAGUUGAAGAAACAGCUCAGAAAGAGCCCGCAAAUGUGGCUCAGGAGGAAGCGAUACGUAAUAAAAAGAAGGUACUGAGUUCUGAGUACGAUAUUAGGAGUGGGGAAUCAAAUUCUAAACAGAGCGUAAGGAGGGCGGGCUUAACGUUAAAUUUGAAGCCAUAUGGUGAAUCGUCUGGCCAAAAUAUAGCUGCAUUAUCUAACGCUGGAGGUGUGACUCCAGAAGACUUUUUUCCGAAACUCGAUUUAGAAACACCUACAACAGCCGAAAUACCUCUCGGAAGUCAGUCCGCUGACGUAUUCACACCACGCAGUGAAUUCAAAGAUAUAGAAUCAGCAAAAAUUGCACCUGACAACAAAUUUAUAUCAUCCGAUGGCUUUAAUUACCCCAUAAUAGAUGAUAUUGAGACAAUCAGCGAUGCACAGACCGAAGAUAGUCCAGAUACGUCCCCAUCGAAAAGUGUAGAUCACGAAGAGAAACCGUUGACCAAAAAGUAUUCCUUCUUUAAUGUACUGGAUGGAGCUACCACGGUUGAAGAUUUCGAUCCCUUCGGCAUAAGACAAUUGAAAAACUAUUCGAAAGAAUACUUGAGUAAUAAAAUGGACGCUGAAAUGGCAAUGUCGUGGUAUACACAUCCGGCUAUCAUAAUGGAUGAAGUAAAGAAAAGACCGUAUGCAAAUAUCUUCGCCUCCCACGAUGAGGUGAAAGAAGAAAAGAUUACUUGCGACAACAUAGCAACGCUGACGGCUUGCCUCCAAAGAUCUGUUAUGUUACCCCUGACAUAUCAGUUGGAGGUUGUAAAUAAUUCGAUCUUAACGUACUUUCUGGUGAAUCUCGAUAUGUACGAACAUCUGAGGAGCUUGAAGGACUACUUCUUCUUGAUGGACGGAGAGUUCUCUAGAAGUAUCUGUCACAACUUGUUCUCAAAGUUGACCAAGACGUUGAAUCCGCAGGAGUUGCUCAAUUUUGGAACGUUGCACAAUAUUUUGGAUAAGGCAUUGGGAUCUUCGAUUUCGCAUGUCCACAAAUUCUCCGAGAACUUGUCCUUCACCAUCACGGAGUCGCCGCUCAGUUUCCAGCACAGCUCCCCGGACGUGCUCCAAUGUCUCUCGCUCACGUAUGCGGUCGACUGGCCGCUGAACAUCAUACUGUCCCAAGAGGCCCUGCUUCGGUACGCUAAGGUGUUCCAAUUUCUCGUCAAGAUGAGGAGAAUAUUCUGGGUGCUCGGUGAAGAUUUUGAGGCGCUAAAACUGUCAGUGAAGUUGUCAAAGCAGCACUCCCGGAGGCUUCUACGUUCACCACAAUACAUUUCAAUACAAAUAUACCGUCAUAUCAUGGCCUCCAUGAUCAGGGCGCUGGACAACUACAUCGUCACGACCUGUAUACUGACAUCGUGGACCGAGUUCGAGAAUGAUUUGAAAAAAGCGAGGACCUUGGACGACUUGUACGAGUGUCACGUUGUAUACAUAAAGAAGGUGCUGUUCAGGUGUCUCUUGAAUAACAGAUCGACGCCCGUCAUGAAGUUACUGAACGAUAUAUUCACCGUGAUCUUGAAGUUUAGCCGCGUGUUGAAAGCCGGUGAAUGGCACCAGAGGGAGGCCGACGGCAACUUCACACAUACCAGCUACGCCCAGCUCCAGGAAUUGUUUCAUUUGUUCGAGAAACUAGCUAAAUAUCUGCACAAAGUGGUCACCAAACUCAUGGAGUGCGGUUACCAGCGCCAUCUAGUAGAAUUAUUGACCAUGGUCAAUUUGAAUGGGUACUACGAGCCGGAUAAAUCGAAGGACGAACACAAUACUACAGUUAAAUCAUUAAAUGCGUCAUAAAGGAUAUGCGAAAUGAAGAUUUACGGUCCGUUCUCACAUCCGUUGACGGUUCGUUAUUAUUAACGAUUCGUGAAAACAGGAAUAACGAUGAUUUAACACGAAUAUCAAUGUAUAUAAAGUGUAGUGUGUAAGGGGUUACAAAGCCUUAUUUGUAUCCUCAAACAAGUCUUUGUGAAACUUCGAUGGCAUCUUGGGGUGGGUAUCAACCAAUUCUGGAAUGGGCACGGUCCAUCCGAUCUCCCUCUAAAGACGUUUAUAAGCACUAGUCGAGACGACGUCUUUAUACGUUUAAAACGACUAUCACAACCUUCGUAUGGAUAAAAAGAUAAAAAAGCUACUAAGCUACAAUCGAUAUUGAUAGAUUCGUUUGUCCUUUGUCUAUGGGGCGGGGCGGUAGAAUACUCAAUAGCUAAUACUUAUAUUUGUUUCAAUUUCUCCUUGUACAAAUGGUAGAUGUAUAUGUAUAUUUAGUGCAUAGCCAUAGUUGGGGGGGGGGGGGGGGGGAUAUUGAGGGGCAACGUCCUACCUUAAAACGCCCAAUGCCCCUAAAAUGAAAGGCUAACUAAGUGACUUCGAAAAAGAAAAUUUGAUUCGCUUUAUCGAAGUCACAUAAUUAUGGCUUAUGCCCUAUCAAAAAGUUCUUUUGCCCUACCUUAGGUCAGGUUAGUCAGGCCGUAUGCUUGUUUGCCACCACAGUGGUAUCUAAAAAAAAUCCUUAAACAAUGGGUCUGAUUUAGUGGAAUCGUGAUGCAAUAUGUUGAAAUUAUAGAAUAAAUCAUGUAGAUAUGACUCUAUAAUUACCACAGGAAUAUUUAAGAUACUUUUUCAGGUGGCAGUGCAGCCCCAUAAAAAAGGUAUAGGACUUAUAUACAUAUGUCAUUUGCAGAAACGUUUUGCUUGCAUUUUGAAGUGGGUACCAGAUAAUUAUGGGGUGGGUACGGCCCACCCAUUCGCCCUUUAAAUAUGCCUAUGAUAAUUACUGAGAGAUUUUUUAAAGAGCGUCCAUGUAAUGCAAUGUAAUGUAAAUAUAUAUUUAUUUCUCUCACAAAAUAACAACAUAAUAAAAUUUACAGCACAUUGACAUAUAGGUUACAAUUUAAAACAAUUUUUGUGAAAGUCUGGUGUUAACCCUGUAUCUACAACAUUCACUUUGUAUAAAUGUCGACUGCUUGCUUCUCUGUCCCAUUCGUGGUUCUACCAUGAAGCAGUUGCGUUUGCCCUUCAAACCGAAACACAGCCAUGUAUUUCGGUUUGAAGGGUGUAAUAUGGUAGUGUAUUUACAGGAUACAGAGGAAUAACACCUGAGUCCUCAGGAAUGGCAACGCAUGGGGGGUAUCAUGGGCGAAACAGUAUACUCUGUUAUGUCCAUGGUACUGCUCAUGUCUAUAGGCGACGGUUACCACUUUCCAUCAGGUGGACCGUCAGCUUGUUUGCCAUUCUAAGUUGCAUAAAAAAUCAGUUUACCGAACUGUGGUAACAUUAAAUUAAUCUGUCAAUUUUAAAAGUAUAUAAAAAAUAGUUAAAUAUUGAAAAUUGUUAAUUUUUUUUAAAAAAUUGACUGAUAAUUACGACGUUGCCAUACCUCCGUAAGUUAAUGAUGAUAAAAUAAUUAUAGACUCUCUUAAUUGUUCCUUAAAUACUCAUUAUAGUCAUAAUUGUUUAAUUUAAAAUGAUCUUUAUUAUGUACGGAAUAUGCCUUUAAUUGCAAGUUAAUGUGAUAUUAUUUCCCAUUAGUGUAUUUGUAAAGUGAUAUAAUUGUUUAAUUAUUUGCACGUUAACAGUACUAGUAUAGUAUUAUAUUAUGUAUUAAUACGUAUUGUAUCCCUGAGAGGAAUGUUCUUUUUUUAGCUAAAUUAAAAAUAUAUGUUAUGAAUGUAAUUUAUUGUUAACUAAUAUGAUUAAUGAUUGUAAAAAUAUAUU